AGGAGAGCUGCAGCGUCACACUCCAGAAAUGAGAGUUAAGUCUGUCAGAGUGUCAUUCUCACUGCAGUCCAGACAAGUCUCUGUUUCUCUCUGAAAGAAAGAUCAAACUGACUUCAUCAGGUCUUUGUCAACAACACAGCAGAGUCUCUGCCAAACACUGUUCGAAAUUAUGGCGACUAUCAACUGUCUGCUGUCUGAAGAUCAGUUCCUGUGCUCCAUCUGUCUGGAUAUGUUCACUGAUCCUGUCAGCACACCGUGUGGACACAACUUCUGCAAAAACUGCAUCAACACACACUGGAACAAAAAUGACCAGUACCUGUGUCCCAUGUGUAACAAAGAUUUCAACACAAGACCUGAGCUGCAAGUCAACACUUUGUUCUCCGAGAUGAUUGUUCAGAUCAGACAGUCAGCUCAACAGAAAGCCAGCAGCAGCAGCAGCAGCUCAGAGCAACAAGUGUCCGAACCAGGAGAAGUUCCCUGUGACGUCUGCACUGGAACCAAACUGAAGGCCCUGAAGUCCUGCCUGGUGUGUCUAGUCUCCUACUGUGAGACUCACCUGGAGCCUCAUCUGACAAUGUCAGGCCUGAAAAGACAUCAGCUGAUCAACGCUGUGGAGAACCUGGAAGGCAGGAUGUGUACGAAGCACGAUAAACCUCUGGAGCUGUUCUGUAAGACCGACCAGACGUGUGUCUGCAUGCUCUGCACUGUUUCAGACCACAAGAUGCAUGAUGUUGUUCCUCUGAAAGAAGAAUAUGAACAAAAGAAGGCUAAGCUGGGAAAGACAGAGGCUGAAAUUCAGCAAAUGAUCCAGAAGAGACAACUGAAGAUUCAGGAGAUCAAACACUCAGUCGACCUCAGUGAGAAAGAUGCAGACAGAGAGAUAUCAGAAGGAGUUCAGGUCUUCACUGCUCUGAAGGAGUCUGUUGAGAGAGGCCAAGCUAAUUUCAUCAAAACCAUCAAAGAGAAGCAGAAAACAACUGAAAAACAGGCUGAAGGCUUCAUCAAAGAGCUGGAACAGGAAAUCUGUGAGCUGAAGAGGAGGGGCACUGAGGUGGAGCAGCUCUCACGCUCUGAAGACCACCUCCAUCUCCUCCAGAGUGUCCAGUCCCUAAACACCCACCACCCAACACCCACCAAGGACUGGACAGAGGUCAGCAUCCGUCCAUCAUAUGAGGGGACUGUUGUGAGAGCUGUGGCUCAGCUGGAGGAGACACUCAGUAAACAGAUGAAGAAGCUGCUUGAAGCUGAGCUGAAGAGGGUCCAGCAGUAUGCAGUGGAUGUGACUCUUGAUCCUGAUACAGCACAUCCUAAAUUGAUCCUGUCUGAUGGUGGGAAACAAGUGAAACAUGGUGAUGUGAAGAAGAAUCUUCCAGACAAUCCAAAGAGAUUUUCCAUUUAUAAUAUUGUUUUAGGAAAGCAGAGUUUCUCUUCAGGCAGAUUUUAUUUUGAGGUUCAAGUUAAAGGAAAGACUGCCUGGGAUUUAGGAGUGGCCAGAGAGUCGAUCCACAGGAAGGGGAAAAUCAUACUGAACCCUCAGAAUGGUUUCUGCACUAUAUGGUUGAGAAAUGGAAAUAAGUACAAAGCUCUUGCUGGCCCUUCAGUCCGUCUUUCUCUGAAGUCUCCUCCUCAGAAGGUGGGGGUGUUUGUGGAUUAUGAGGAGGGUCUGGUCUCCUUUUAUGAUGUUGAUGCUGCAGCUUUGAUCUACUCCUUUACUGGAUGCUCCUUCACUGAGAAACUCUUCCCAUACUUCAGUCCCUGUGAUAAUGAGGGUGGUAAAAAUUCUGCACCUCUGAUCAUCUCUACUGUUGCAGAAAACUAAUCACUUCAUUUAUUUCAUGUUCUGAUUUUUUAAAUAUAUUUAGGGGAACAAAUACCAUAUGGUAUACAUAUUGUAAAAGUGUGUAUUGCGGUGAUUGAGUUCCCCUUUUUUAUUAAUUGUAUUCUAUUACACGGUCAACAUGUUAAUUUGAUACACCCACUGUUAAACUCAGACACUUGUUUUCGCUUCCAGAAGAAAUCCCCGUUUAUGAAGAGAACACAUAUGUCAAGCUGAAGUUUGAGUCAAUUACCAAAGAAAAUAGCAAAAUAUCAUUUUUUUUUAAACUUAAAAAAUAAUAAUGUAAUUAUUCAGUUUGAUAAGGUGCCACAGAAAACAUGUUUAAUUGUUUAAUAAAGCUUAAUUUAAGAUUAAUAGUAUCAGUAACAGUCUGCGUCACUAAUGGACAUAAAGUUUAUAUAAAUAGAUGACUUAUAGAGAACAGAAUUUUCUUUUUUGUCUGAAAAGUGAUUCGGUUAAUUAAUGGUCACUUUGGUCAAUUUGAUUUGUUUUUUAAUACUGGCAGGAUGGUUUGUGAGUCAAAGAAAUCUGUAAAUAUGUGAUUUUUAAAUAAAAACUGUAAAAUAAAUGAGUUGUUGAGCA